AUGUCGCAGUAUUCUGAUUCUUCCGGAUUCCUAUGCGGGCUAUGUCAGCAAAUGCCAUCGUUAGCAGACAUUAAUGAAUCCAGUGAAAUUAAUGAGUCCACUAAUGCGCUCAACACCAGAUACAGCAUUCAUAAGCGAAAAGUCCCUCUUCCUCCUGUCACGACCAAUUACACACCUCAAAAUGCGAGAGAGUCGUAUUACGGUCCUAAAACAAGUUUUAAGAACAGGGAUGCUCCGCUUGAAACAACAGUUACACAACUUCUCCAAGUUCGCAUUUUUGUACUUGAAAAGUUCGAUCGCAAAAUUGUACGCAGUAAAGUAACGUGCGAAGUACCGUCCCAUUUCAAACUUGGUUACAUACUGGAAGCUGUGGAAGAUAAAAUCCAAGAUCUUGAUGGAGUUCAAAUCUACUACACGACCGGGUCUACUAGAAAGAGAAAUCACCUGAUUCCAAUCACAAUCACUCCAAACGACGGAAGAGCUUUUGACAGCAUUAGAAAUAAUCGCGGUGUUGUUAACUUUGUCAUCGCUGCGAAAGGUGUGCGAGUGCUCGGAGACAAAAUGAAUCGACGCAUCGCAUAG